AUGAUUGUCGUGUGGCUGGUUCUGGCCCUAAGUGCGCUGCUGCACUGGCUCUACAGAGUGAACAAGGAUUACCACGUCCUGUCCUUGUUCGCCAAAAGAAUCCGUUCGAAAGAUGGAACCCCUAUGGAGCUCAUCGCUCCCACGCCCAAAGGCAAAAGCAUAUUCGGCAAUACUUUCGACUUGUAUGGCCGAGAUCACGCUGGUGUUUUCAAUCACUCGCGUGAGCGAGCUGCGCAAAUGGGUACUAGCUACAUAGAAUAUUCCUUUGGCACUGCGAUUUACAACAUUAUCGAUGCGGAAACCGCGGAAAAUGUGAUGAAUCAUCCCAAUCUCAUAACCAAGGGACUCGUCUACAACUUUCUGCAUCCAUUCUUGAGGACGGGCUUGCUGACAUCGACUGGCAAGAAAUGGCAUGCUCGCCGUAAGAUGCUCACCCCGACAUUCCAUUUCAACAUACUGAACCAAUUCCAGGAGAUCUUUAAAACGGAGAGUCAAAAGUUCCUGCAGCAGUUCGAGGGUCAAGAUGAUAUAACCGUGUGCUUACACGAUGUUAUUCCAAGAUUUACUCUAAACAGCAUUUGUGAAACCGCCAUGGGUGUAAAGCUGGACGAGAUGGCCGAGAAGGGCGAUCGAUACCGGGAGAACUUCGGGCAGAUUGAGGAAUGCUUCAUUCGCCGCUUGAGUAACCCACUUUUCUGGGGCGACAAACUCUUCAACAUAUUUGCUGCCAAGGAUUACGCCGCCGCCCUCGAUGUGGUCCACGGAUUUUCAAGCGAGAUUAUUGCCAAAAGGAGGGUUUUGCUAAAGGAUGAGCUCGACAAAAGUCCAAGCACCCAAACCGCUGAUGAUGAUGGAUUUGUCUCAAAGAAGAGAUUCGCCAUGCUGGACACCCUUAUUCAUGCUGAGAAGGAUGGCCUCAUCGAUCACAUUGGCAUUUGUGAGGAGGUGGACACUCUGAUGUUUGAGGGCUACGACACGACAUCGAUUGGCCUCAUCUUUGGCCUAAUGAACAUGUCCCUAUACCCUGACAAGCAGGAGUUGUGUUUCCAGGAGAUUCAAGAGCACAUAGACGAUGACCUGGGUAACUUGGAUGUUAGCCAGCUGAACAAGCUCAAGUACCUGGAGUACUUCAUGAAGGAAACCAUGCGCCUGUUUCCCUCGGUACCGAUUAUGGGUCGUGAAGCCGUCCAGGAAACUGAGCUGGCCAACGGACUGAUCCUGCCCAAGGGCGCGCAGAUAACCCUGCAUGUCUUCGAUAUUCAUCGCAACACCAAGUACUGGGAUUCCCCUGAAGAGUUCAGACCAGAGCGAUUCCUACCCGAAAAUGUCCUGGACCGUCACACCUACGCCUAUGUUCCAUUCAGUGCUGGGCAAAGAAAUUGUAUUGGUCAAAAGUAUGCCAUGCAGGAGAUGAAAACGCUCAUGGUGGUCCUUCUGAAGCAGUUCAGGGUUGUGAAAGCUAUCAAUCCGCAGAAGAUUGUAUUCCAUAUGGGUAUAACUCUGCGCACCAGGAACAAGAUUCGCGUGAAGCUCGUGAGGCGAAAGUGAGCUUGGCCAUAAUAAUUAAUUGAAUCACUUAAUUAUAAACUUCAGUCUAACUUGAGCUUGUACUCGAUGUUAUUCAUUAUUUCAUAUUUCGCAAAGCUGUUUGCUCAUUUUGAAACACCCAUUUCAAUAAACUGAGGAAGAGUACAUUUAUAAAA